GAUGUUUAGAAAAAUGCCAUUACAUAACCAAACUAUCGUCAAAAUCUAUUCCCUCUAUUACUCCACAUCAUCGUCUUGUUCCCACCUUUCACUCACUCAACCACAAUUGAAGCAUGAACACUUUCCUUCUCUCUCCUCCACUCCCCACCCUCUUCCCUCCACCCCAUCUCCACCACAACCACCACCCCUUCCUCUCUUCUCCACCUCUCCUCCGCCGCAUCCUCUCCUCUCCACCACCCUUCCCCACCACCUUCUCCGGCACCCUCUCCGACAACCUCACCACCGACUUCCGAAACGACGACGUUGACAUCCUCCCCACCUCUCGCAACCGCUACGACUUCUCCCCUCUCAUCAACUACCUCUCCACCACAUCUCCUCCUUCCGAAACCCCCACCAACUCACUCGACUCAACCGAGUUCCAACUCGCCGAGUCAUACCGCGCAGUACCCACUCACUACUGGCACUCCCUCCUCAAAACCCUCGCUUCUUCCCCCACCACCAUCUCCACCGCUUACGCUGUCGUCACCUGGUUGCAGAAACACAAUCUCUGUUUCUCUUACGAGCUCCUCUACUCCAUCUUAAUCCACGCUUUGGGGAAGUCGGAGAAGCUUUACGAAGCGUUUCUCCUUUCGCAGCGCCAGAAAUUGACCCCGUUAACUUAUAAUGCUUUGAUUGGAGCUUGUGCUCGAAAUGAUGACCUCGAAAAAGCCCUAAAUUUGAUGUCUAGGAUGCGGCAAGAUGGGUAUCCUCCUGAUUUUGUGAAUUAUAGUUUGAUUGUGCAGUCAAUUGCGAGGACGAAUAAUAAUAAUCAUGGGGAUUCGUCUGUUUUGGUUAGAUUGUAUGAGGAGAUGAAAUGUGAUAGUGUUGAGCUUGAUGCUCAGCUUUUGAAUGAUUUGGUUGUUGGGUUUGCUAAGUCUGGGGAUGUUGAUAGGGCGUUGUGGUUUUUGGGUGUGGUUCAGGGGAAUGGGUUGAGUGCCAAGACUGCUACGCUUAUUUCUGUGAUUUCGGCGUUGGGGAAUGCCGGGAGGGCCGAGGAGGCCGAGGCCGUGUUCGAGGAGCUUAAGGAAGGUGGGUUGAGGCCUAGGACGAGGGCUUAUAACGCGGUUUUGAGGGGAUAUGUGAAGGCUGGGAUGUUGAGGGAUGCUGAAUCCAUUGUUUCGGAGAUGGAAAGGGUUGGGGUUUUGCCUGAUGAGCAUACUUAUAGCUUGUUGAUUGAUGCUUAUGCGAAUGCUGGGAGGUGGGAGAGUGCUAGGAUUGUGUUGAAAGAGAUGGAGGCUAGUAAUGUAGGGCCUAAUUCGUUCGUGUUUAGUAGGAUUCUAGCUAGUUAUCGCGAUAGAGGGGACUGGCAGAAGUCGUUUCAAGUGUUGAGGGAGAUGAGGAAUUGUGGGGUGAAGCCUGAUAGGUUAUUUUAUAAUGUGAUGAUUGAUGCUUUGGGGAAGUAUAAUUGUAUGGAUCAUGCUAUGGAUACCUUUGAGAAGAUGAAAUUGGAGGGGAUCGAGCCAGACAAUUGUACAUGGAAUACAUUGAUUGAUAGCCAUUGUAAGUGUGGGCGGUAUGAUAAGGCAGAGGAGUUGUUCAAAGAGAUGCAAGAAAGUGGGUGCGCGCCUUGUAUAACUACGUAUAAUAUUAUGAUCCACUGUUAUGGUGUGCAGGAGAAAUGGGAAGAGGUUAAGACUUUAAUGGGAAAGAUGCAGGGUCAAGGAUUGUUGGCUAAUGUUGUGACAUAUACCACUCUGGUUGAUAUAUACGGGCAAUCAGGAAGAUUUAAGGAGGCCAUUGAAUGCCUAGAGGUUAUGAAAGCGAAUGGAUUGAAACCUUCGGAGACCAUGUACAAUGCCUUGAUCAAUGCCUAUGCUCAAAGGGGUUUAUCAGACCAAGCAAUUAAUGCAUUUAGGCUCAUGCGAGCAGAUGGCCUCAAGCCUAGUAUUUUAGCUCUCAAUGCACUGAUCAAUGCAUUUGGGGAGGACAGAAGGGAUGCUGAAGCAUUUUCUGUUUUACAGUAUAUGAAAGAAAAUGACUUGAAACCUGAUGUAGUUACAUAUACAACCCUUAUGAAAGCGUUAAUCCGUGUUGAAAAGUUUGAUAAGGUUCCUUCUGUCUAUGAGGAAAUGAUAUUGUCUGGCUGCACCCCAGAUAGGAAGGCUAGAUCAAUGUUAAGAUCUGCACUGAAGUACAUGAAGCGGAUGCUGAGAUGAUAAUUAUAGCAAAUCAAUCUUCCAGCAAAACCUGAUGAUACGUGACAAAAUUGAACAUAAUUGUUGUUUUUGAUGGGGUUAGUCUUCCUAACUAUCCUCAUGAUCUCAGAAUCUGUUACGUAGGUCUAAAAAUGUUUUUUUUUUUCAGCCUAGUCAGAUAAUAAGUUUUUAUUCAAAUACAAAGUACGAAUUAAUUUUUAAUAAGCAUGGAUAAAGGUCAGGGAUUUAAGGAACUGCAUGAUUUUCCUUGGUUCAGUUUCCCUCAAAACCUCUGUACAAAAGAUGAUAAGAAGCCUUCCAAAAAUCCAAAUACUUAAUUUCUGUGAGUAGGUUAAUGAUUAAGAAGAAUAGUAUAACCUCCAUCCUUUCAGAAUUAGUAGUUUCAUUGUCUGCAAAAUGUUGUCACCUUCUGAACAGUGAUUAAAUUUUCUAAAUUGGGAUUACCUACAUAAAGUGAUGCAGAACUGGCAUCUUUUAUUAAGGCAUUCGGGUCAUUCUGUGAUAUCAUGUUUGAUCCUUAAUUGUGAGGGCAUGAGGCAAUGUGACUACUAAAUACAUAUGGAGGGGGUGGCUCCUUCCAGACAGGCCAGAAUUGGCACCAGGCUGAAGGAGUCGAGUCAUCUUUGAAAAUUUGACAAUUGGAUUUGCAGAAAUGAUAACCUGCCAUUCAUUAGUCCUCUAUGAAAUAAAAGCUAGCGAAAGAUAAAUCAUUACAUUAUAUUACAAGCAAAUUAUAUUUUGCUGAAAAAUGUUUCUGCUUAACUUUUUUCUUCUGGAUAUGUUUUACAGUGCAGGUCGUAAAGAUCUGUGAUCGUGUACAUUCAUUUGUAAACUUACCCCUGUUGCCUCUGUAGUUACUAUUAUUCACCAUAGUUGCAGAAAUCAGAAGCUCAUAACAGACCUAGUUAGAAUUUAGAACACCUUUAUGGCUUUAUUGUAAAAUAGUUUGUAAUUUGUACAUGCUUCAAGCUUCAAUUACUUGAAUAACAGCAUCACAUUGACUUAUUUUUUUGUACACCUGAUAACAAAUCUGUUCCAUGAUGUAAUCUUAUAGUUCGAUUUAUGCCUUUUGCCUUAAUCUAUCUCAGAUUCUAGUUUAUGUUUA